UGCGAAUUCGGCCCCCGUGUAUCGACUAGAGGUGCCGAGAGGGGAAAGUCUCGGAUCUCUCCCCUCGCGCUUCAUCCCACUGUGCGCACGCUACCCAUCCCUUUGACCGGAUCAUCCCCCUGCGUCCUUCUCCCCCCCCGUUCUCCUCAAUUCUUCCCAUCCUCCGAUUCCCGUUCUUCGCGCUGCCGUCCCUCUACGACCACCCUUCCCCCGCAUCGCGACAAUUCUGGCCGCGUACAAUGUUCGUUUUUUAACGUCUUUUUUCCGUAUUCUACCCUUCUCUAUGGCCGUCUAAACUGUUCGGGAUCCUUGUUACACGAAUACGAAUGGUUUUGUACAGUGUGCGAUCGCCGUGCAAAAUUUCUGUCUCGAAUUCUCGAAUCGGCCCGUGGCGGUUUCCAAGAACGAGUCCCGACUGUUCCUCGUCCCGCGUGUGUUGUACCUUCUUCGGUCGUGUCGUGUCGUGAUCGUGAAUCGUGAAUCGUGACUAUUCGUGACAGACGGCCGACGCAGCGUCGGCGGCCAACGGUGUGCUAUUCGUGCUACUGUCGUGCUGCAAAAAUCUGCCCCUGCGCUUCCUCACACUGUUUUACCUCUUGGAGACCCCCCUCCGAGGAAAGGAUUCGAUUCCACGGCGAAGAAACAUGGGGAGAGGGACGUCGCUAUAUUUGAUUGACGGUUUGCAAUGAAUUUCCCGCCGUUCGGAGGCCACUUUCCCGGAACUAUUCCGAGUAUCCAUCAGUUCGCGACCGACGGCUCUGGCGGUGCAGGCGGCCGCUACGCCAAUCAUUUUCCCAACCAGCCUCCUAUCGGAGUGCCGGUUAUGGGAAAGUACCGUCCUGAGAGCAACGGUGUGCAAUCCGCUCAGUCGCAAGUAAUGAUGAACAAUAAGGCAAGCUAUCCUAAUAGCAAUGUUCAUCAUUAUCCAAACGUGCCGUACUCUCAAGCUCAACCGGUUCAACAGCGGCCCACAAAUUCGCCUGGAAUGCAAGAGAAGCGUUCUUAUCAUCAGCAAGCGACCGAAACCAUAAAUCAACAAGACGUUUGCAAUCUUCUGCAGGAUAAGGAUAAAAAUAAGGACAAAAAGACGGACGAGCAGCAGCGCAAUGGAGAAAGCACAACCAAUGGAAACCAGCAAGAUUAUACGAUGCAUCAGCAUCACCAGCAGCACGCUCAUACACAAACUCCUGCGACUAUGCCUGCUACGUGGCAAUCUCUGGCCACUCCUGGUUCCACUGUGGCGGAUUACCUCAGUCACUUACCAGCCAGUACUUUACCUUUAAGUUUGCAUCAUUUCUUAAAAUACUCCGCAGAAAGUAUUAAGAAAGAAUCGGAAAUGGCACAAACCACUUCGGUAGCUGUAGCGACAACAACAACGCCUAACAUAAUGAUGUCUCCGAAUAAUAAAAAGAAGAAAAAGAAGAAAGCUCCCAAAGAGAAAAAACCACGUCCGAAACCUGGUGAAAUUCGGUUGACUACAGCUUUAGACGGUUCUACUUUGUAUUGCUGUCCGGAAUGUCAUAUGGCGUAUCCUGAACGUGAAUUAUUAGAGCAGCAUUUACUAGGUCAUACUUUGGAACGAAGAUUUGUUUGCGAUAUUUGUGGCGCAGGCUUAAAAAGGAAGGAUCAUCUUACACGUCACAAACAAAGUCAUAAUCCAGAACGACCGUACGUUUGUACCGUUUGUUUGAAAGCAUUCAAAAGGAAAGAACAAUUGACGCUACAUUUUGUUAUACAUUCUGGAGAAAAGCGUCACGUAUGCACAGAAUGUGGAAAAGGAUUUUAUCGUAAAGAUCAUUUAAGAAAACACACCAGAAGCCAUAUUGCAAGGAGAGUGAAAGCCGAGCUUAGCCAGAAUGCUGGUACGCAGCAAAGUCAACAGCAGAACAAUGUUUCGAACAUGCAGACAACUGCUGUUACAGCGUCGUCUGUCCUUUCUGGCGGACAUCCAGGUCCUCUCCUGUCCUGAGCCCCGCCACCCGGGAACUUCCAAGUUCCCCAUCCGAAUAAUAUUCUUCAUACGCAUACUUCUCAUCAUUCGCUGCAUCAUCAUCAUUUGACAACAGUCAAUGUGGCCCAUCAAUCGAGUGUCACGCCACUUGCUACAUCCAGCCAUUAUCAAACGCACGAGCUCAGUUUCUUAGGACAUGUUAAAGAUUUCUGAGAUCAGGGGAAGACCUCAGUCAAGAGGUAACACUGAAAACUUAUAUGAGCGUUGCUAGCAGUGAAUCCUUGACUGCUUUUCAUGAUUUUGGGCUUUAAUGAAUUCUCUACAAGUAUGAUAAUUAUUCGUAAUGCCGCUGACUCUCUAUGUCCUAGUACAAUAUUGCAAAAGCUGUGACGUUUUAUAUCAGUUUCCCAACCGUAUGCCCAGUUUUAUUACUAUCUGAUUUUCGGAUAUAUGGUUUCGACAUAACUCCACGUAGAUCUUAUCUCAAAAAGUGUGCCAUAUAUAUUAUAUAUACAUAUGUACAUGAUCAAAAAAAAAGCAGAAAAUGGCAUAGAGAGUGUUUUCAUGCACACGUGAAAGAGAAACUAUAAUUUUCUCUGGAAACAUUAGAAUAGAGCCUGAUAUAAGAGUCUUGCCAUACUGUACGUAUGAAAAACAAAACAUAUUUUUAUGAAGGCUUGGUGUGUUAAAUACACGGAAGCUAAAUGAGCUAUAGAAGCUUAUCGAUAAAAAAAUAUAUUAUAGGAGAUAUUUUACACAUAUUUUUUAAUGCAUUGUAUUGAUUCACUAUUACAUCGUUCAGGUUUCAGUAUGUUUAUUUUUUUAUUGUUUAUUUUUAUGCCGUUUUAUACAAGUAACAUUUUUUAUAAAUUUUGCAAAGGGAGAUCUGUACAUAAAGAUGCGAGCGAUAUCCCACCCAUUAAUGGAGUAAUGUGUUUCGGUUUUUUUUCUAUGUUAAAUAUUUUCGAAAAUUUUAUUCGCGCGGUUACUUCGAAAAAUUUAAUCUACAACCAACAAGUUUUUAUUGCAAUGAAAUUUCUUCGUUUUUUAACGAACCGUUGAAAAAAUGGCUGAAAAUGUGGCAAUAUUUUAAUUGAUAAAGAGAUGUUUUUAUUU